GAGUCUUUAAGAUGGCGAUCUCCAUGUAAACAAAUAAAAAUAUCGCGAAAUGAGAAAGUGCUAGUAAUGCUAUAUAAGGAAAUGGCCACAUAUUAAUACACAUGUAAAAUAUGAAAAUAUUUUGACGAUCGUACUCUAAAGCAGUUUUAUUGUACUAAUGUUAGAUCUACAUCCUGCUACACCCACAAGAGACUGAGACGAGGGUUGCCAGAAUUAUAUGCAGCAGAUAUGAUUAUGAGAUCCAAUCAACGACAACGCCUCAGUCCCGCAUGUUAAUGCUGGUUAUAAACUAAAGAAUGGAAAGGUCCGCCAACAAACAUGCCAGUAACACAAGAAACAAUGGCACAAACAUCACUUUGCAGACAUGCUAUCUUUUUGGGAAAUCUGAAUAAUGAUUUACCUAAGCUUCAAAUUGCAUCUCUGAUUGUGCAACUGACUCGUCAGUGCACUGGAUUAAACCUGGACACCAGAGAUGUCAAGGUACGGUUUUCCCACCCAAGUGAUUGCUUCACUGCCACUGUCAAACUGCAAACACCAGCUGAGCAACAGAAAGCCCUUGCAGAUCUAGCUAAAUGCCAACAAGUACCAGAUGGACUUAUCAAAAUGGGUAGAACGUUAAGGGUUGACAUGUUUCAAAAGAAUCCCCAUCGUAGGAAAGGUGGCAAGGUUUUUGUUGAGGAUGAACAACCCAACCAUGAAUUCUUUUUUGAAAAAGGACAACAUCUUGGGUCUGAGACACGGAUUCUGGAGUUUAAGGAAAUGUCCAAUCUCAACAUUCAAUAUCUGAGGCAGAUUGUUGCAAGAUAUGUCUGUGCAUUCCUUAACAGCUCAGGUGGGGCCCUGAUGUUUGGAGUUGAUGAUAAAGGUAAUGUCCAAGGUACGCCAAUGUCACACAAGCAAGAAGACGAUGUCAGACUUGCUAUUGACCAAAUCAUCAAAAAGUUUGAUCCGCCUGUUUUGCCUCAGAUGUACAACAUUUCAUUUAUACCAGUUCAUGACCCAACCAAUGGAGCAAACAACAGAACUUCAGGUGAUGAGAAUGUCUUGAAGGUUAUUAAACUCAAUAUUGAUUCUGGAAGAGCCAACACACUGUAUGCUACACCAGUGGGUGAUGUUUUCAUCCGUCGUGAUGGGAGUGUCCAAGGCCCUCUCAAACCAAGAGAAAUACAGGAAUGGUGCAAUAUGAAUUUUGACAACAAGGAGAAAGCCUAUCAAGAUGAAAUAGCUCAGCUUCAGCAUCAGCUACGACAAGCAGAAUACGAUCGUCAGACCAGGAGUGAUUUAUCUCUCAAGAAAACAAAGUCUGCCGUAUGCAAUAUACUAUGAAAGUGGACUCACAAAUAUAUCAUUCGAUACCUGUGCAAUAUAUAUAUCUUUUUCUAAUUGGUCAUUUCCUAUAAAAAUAUUUCCUAUAUUUUCUAUAUAUAUUUUUACUGUCAUAUCAUAUGUAUAUUAUGUAAAUAGGAACUGUCAGAAAGUGGUAACUAAAUUAAAAAGAAGUUUUAAAUUAGAAAAUGCACCCUGUUCAAGCAUUCCAGUUGUAUUUUCAGCAGUGAAAAACAGUACAUAAAACUACAUUAUAUUUUAUUUCACAUCCACGGCCACACCACAACAUCUCUGUGUGAAUCAGUAAGUCUUAAAAAAAUAUGAAAUCUGUGUCUUUGAGAUUACAGUACUUGAUAUCUUUGAUUUCCUCAGAAAUUAGUCAAAAAAAGUCUGUCAGCUUGGUAAGUCUCUUUGAAUAAUGUAUCCAUCUUUUCUUAUUGCAUGGUGAAUACUGAUGUACUGUGCAGCUUUGGUUGUCAUGGAUACAAUAUAAUCUUGACAGAGUUCUUCUCUGGUGAUUGGUUUAGAGAUAUGCUUCACUGUUUGGUUGUAGUCAAUGUGAUUCAGGAAUCCUACUACAAAGUCAAAACAAUUAUUGAUCCCUUCAUGGUAUCUGUGAUAUAGGUGAGAAAGAAAGAAAAAGAAUAUAACAGUAGUUACAACAGAAUUCCAGAGGCAUGGGACGGGUGGCACUGCCAUUAAAAGGUGGACACUAUGCUGGGACACAAAAGCCCCACAAACAGAGGCAUGGGACAGGUGGCACUGCCAUUAAAAGGUGGACACUAUGCUGGGACACAAAAGCCCCACAAACAGACCUGGGCCAUGUAUGCAUGUACAGAAAAAAAAGAUAAUCAAAAUUGCUGUAAUCAGGAAUAAAGUGUAUACUAUCAAACCCUAUCAUGAACAGUGAAAUAAUGAAGCUAUUAUGUAGGGUGCAAUGCAAGGAUGAUUACUUGUUGUUUAGGGUCCUUUUUGAAGGACCAUGUACGAGCAUGAUGUCCACCUUGUAAUAACAGAGGCCCCCGGGUAGUAUUAAAAUGAAGAUUGAAGAUAAGAAGGGUAGAUUGCAUGGGAAAGUAGGUGAUAAGUGAAGAUACAGUACUAAUAUGUACAUAAAAGUUUCCAUACAAAAGAAAGAUGUAGUGACAAAUGUAAUAAGAUAUGCAUGAGAGAGAGAGAGAGAGAGAGUGAAUGGGGAGGAGGGGGAUAGAGAUGGAGAAGUAGUGGUAAAAUGAGGACAUACAUGGAAAGAUCUUUGAAAAUAAAAGCAGUUUGGUGGUCUUGAAAAAGAAAACCCACAUUUCUGUGUAGCUGAGAGUCAUUGCAUAAGAUUUAAAAAUUUUGAUUUUAAAAUGUCUGAAGAAAAAAAAAACUAGAAGAAAAAACAACUAGGAAUUUAUAUGACUCAAUUUAUAUAUAGCAUCUCAAGACCAGGCCCACCCCCACAAAACAAUGACUUGAAUGGAGAAAAAUUAAACCAAGUUGGAUGUAGAAGAAUAAGGUAAUACUUAGUUUUACAAAACUGCUAGAUGCAUAUCCUGAUUGGUAUGUUGGUAUGCAAAUGAGAGAACCAAUGAUGUCGCCAAGACGCCAAUUCAUUAUUUCUUUUGUAUUUUAUUAUAUUGAAUAUACUUUUUCCUCAAUGUGAAACAAGGCCUACAAGAAUAGAACAUGAUUCAAUGUUAUAUAAUUAACUGCAAAAGAAAUAAUGAGUGUGGGACAUCAAUGACUCUCAUUCAUACACCACCGAUGUCAUAAAUGUUUUGUGUAAGUAAGCAAAAUAUUAAAAUCUGAUUUGUUUAA